GGAGCGUGAACUCUCUCUCUCUCUCUCUCUCCAGAACCAUCCGGAUACCCAAUCUAUCCUUGUCCCUACCGGCUGGCCGUAAAUACUGCCUUCUUUUGCACACCACUUUUUGUUCAAGGAUUUCGUGAGCCUGUCGUUUCCGGAGGAGACUUCAACUAGACACCUCUCCAAAAAUAACUACACAGUAACGGUCUUGUGCUACCUACAAGCCCGAGUGCACCCCAUCACCUUAUCCGGCCCAUUCAGAAUAAAUAUCCAUGGGCAUUGGACAUUACAGGGGGAACACCACGGGGUUUUCAAUACUUUUUAAUUCCACCGGUCUUCACUGCAGACUGUCCCCUUUUUAUUACCGACACCUCCCCCUAGACUUUUAUCUUCUUUGAUAGUCCGCAUUCCCCUGACAACUUCGCUUACGACAAAAACCAAAUCUAGCAGACAGUAUCAGUGCUGCCCUGUACUAGUACAAUACCGAAAGAGCACUUCUGGCACCCGUGCCCCCCUAACGAGAUGUCCGAUCACGACGAGACGAGAGAAGUUGGACCUGUUGGUCUAAAAAUCAAAGCACCGGAAACGGAAAGGAAUUUGAAAAAAGACUCUACCACGUCGAGCUCAACCAGACUUAGUGACGACGAGAGUGGUGAUGAAGGGGACGAAGAUUACGAGGAUGAGGAUGAGGAUGGAGAGGACGAGGACCGGGAUGAUACAGAGGUUCGUAAACCCAGGGCUCCCUUGCUAACUAAACCCCUUUCCCCAUGCCCCUUGAAAGUCUUGUCUGCCCCGAAGUCUGCUUCUCUCAUCUACUUGUACUCUGUUCUUCCUGUUUCGCUUGUCUACCACAUUGCCAUUAGAUGUUUAUUACUCCGUUGGGAUAUAAGACAACAAACGCCAAAAUUUCUCCCUCUCCGGCUAACAUGUCUCUAUCAAAUUUAAAGGAGUUCAGCUCGGAAGACGGAUUUGCGGAUGCACAAGAGUCUUCAGUCACUCCAGCGGCUCCCGUACGCCCUUUAACCCGGCUAUCGCAGUCAACAACAUCCUCUCACCACUCCCAGCAGGAUGCCCAGGGCUCAGACUCCCCUUCUGUCACUUCCCCGACAACAACAAAUAAACGCCACAGCCAACAAUCGACCACACCUGCAACUACGACAAACGGGUCUGCAAAUGAAGGCGGUUUCCCGCCGGCGAAGUCUCCUCUCAGUCAACGCCGCAUAUCAACAACCUCCCUUGAUGAGGUAUCGCUUAUGGACGAGCUGCCUCCGUCUGGCGAGCCAGCUGCCCGAGCAGAAACCCCCUCCACAGCCUCGACGGCUUCGACUUCGAUUGUCGAAUCCAUUGCCAACAGAUUUUCUAGGUCCUCGACAACCAGCUCUCAAACCUCUACGACCACUUCCAAGCCCGCUCUGCCUCCCAGAAACUCCUCGACAGAGAUCAUAGCUCCCCCACACCCCCCUCCACCUCAAGCGCCCCCGAAAGCUGCUCCCCCACCAAGAAGAUCCCCUUUUAGUUGGCUUCGUUCGGGCGCUACUAAUACCGUGCCGGUCACCCCACCACCGCCACAGCCGCCUCAAUCAAACUCCAGAAGAGCUACUGCCUCCUCUAUUGCGACAGUAGCAUCCUUAUUCACACCUUCCGCAGUUGCAACCCAGAUGAACAGUGAAUUACUGUUGAACAGAAUGGAGUCCAACAGGGGAGACGAGAAGGAGAAGGAUGCAUUCUUAAAAGGAACGCAAACUUUGAAGGAAAGCUUCAGAAGGCUUAGAGAAGCGCGUGAGCGAGCCGCUAUAGCAUCUGAUGAUGAGAACACCGGAGAGGUUGGAAGUAGAAGCUCAGUAUCAUCUACGGCAGCCAUUGGUACGGGCGUGGGGAGUCUCCCCACCCCCGAAGACAGUACAGUACCAAGAUCGAACGGUAGCCAAGAAGAGGAGAUUGAUUGGGAUCUCUGGCAGGCUGUUGUCGAUGAUUCUUACAAGGUUGCUGCAGAGAAACCAAGUGAGCUCAAUCGGGCGAUUCAAGCGGGCAUCCCUCCUACCCUUCGUGGUACUGUUUGGCAAAGCAUGGCCGCAAGCAAAUCUCUGGAGCUUGAAUCAGCUUACCUAGAUGUGAUCGCUCUCCCAGGAACCGCAACAGCUGAGGACGCCCGUACAUUAUUUGGCAGCCACUGGCUUUGGGAUCCUUCUCCUUCGUCUAGUCAAUCAUCUUCACCAAAGCUUGGCUCAUCUAUGAGUCCGAAGCUUGACCCCGCAGGUGUCAAGAGGGCCGACGGCUUUUGGGGAAAGACUGUUGCCCAAUUAGAAAAAGUUAUCAAGCGAGAUUUAGGAGAAAGAACGAGCUUCGGAAAAUACAAGGUUGACCAGAAGGCUUUGAUGGGUGUUUGUAAGGCAUAUGCAUUGUUUGAUCCCAGAGUAGGGUAUACACAAGGUAUGACAUUUAUCGCCACUGUGCUGCUAUUGAAUGUAAGUAAUCCAACCCCCCCCCCCCAAAAAAAAAAAACUUCCACAGUUACUGCCCCAGUGUCGUUAUGCUAAACAUCUAUACCCGAUUAGAUGACCGAGGAAGAAGCAUUUUGUGUUUUUGUUAAGCUCAUGAAUAAGUAUAAACUGCGAACCAUGUUUCAAGAGAAGAUGAAAGGCCUCGAGCUUCGGCUUUUCCAAUAUGAUCGCAUCCUGGAAGAUUACCAGCCUCGGCUUGCGAUCCACCUCAAACGCCAAGGCAUUGAAUCUUCACUCUACGCAGCUCAAUGGUUUCUUACAUUAUUCACGUACAAAUUUCCAUUGCAACUGGUAUUGAGGGUGUUUGAUCUCCUUUUCAGCGAGGGUCUCGAGGGACCGAUCCUAAAAUUUGGGAUCGUCCUCAUGGGCAAAAAUGCUGAGUCCUUAAUCGGAAUGGAAUUUGAUGCCCUGGGACCUUUCUUGAAAGAACGGCUCUUCGACGUUUACCUCGAUACUACGCCGAGCGCAACAAGUGUUAAGGAAGCUGGAUUUUUCGGAAACGGUGGUGAAAAGGAUUUCUAUAGAGCCAACCAAAUGGUUCAGGAUGCUUGUACCAUCAAGAUUACGCAAGAUAUGCUUGACCGCUAUGAGAGAGAAUGGGAUGAUAUAAUGCGGGUGAAGAGGGAACAUGAGAUAGAACUUGAAACGUUACGAAGGACGAAUGCUGCUCUGACGAUCAAGGUGAAAAAACUAGAGGAGCAAAAUGAAGAGUUGAACAGAGAAUAUGUUAGAAUCGCUAGCAGUGAGGUUGGUUUAAAGGUCCAUAAUGACCAGCUAGCCGAUGAAAAUGAGGUUCUUAAAGCAAAAGUCGAAGGACUGAAAGAAAUCGUCGACAAACAGCCGCAAGAGAUAGAGCAGCGUUUCAAAGAUGAAAUGGACACGCUCAUGACACGGAAUCUAGAAGUGCAUACGGAAAAUCAGAACCUAGAGGAGAGCAUGUUGGAGAUGGAAAAGGAUUUGGUAGGCACGAAGAUGCAACUAGCCACCGUAAGUCUCCCUGCGUCGGUUAUGGACUCUCACUAAUUUCUGCGCGCAGGUUAACGAGGACUACGAUCUCCUCAAGAAUAGGUGGAACGAUCUCAGGAAAGCGCUCGGGGAUUAAAACAUCCCUCCCUUCUUGUCCAAAGCAUCUGUAUCUGGGACAUAUCUAUCCGGUAGUUAUUUUUUUUCAUAGCUACUGGAUUGAAUAUGCCUCAGCGAUUCCUUUCUAUCUCUCAAGUUCUCAUUGGAUGCUUGCUCUUUCGUUGCCCUCACAAAAAAAUUGUGGUUUCUUUGUUUGAUAACUUCUCUCUCGCAUUUGCCGCUCACCGUCGUCCACUCUUAGCGCCCAAUAAUUGAAACGGGGUAAACCCCCCCCCCCCUUUUUUUCUUCAAAUGUAUUGUUUUCAGUCAUUUUCAUUGGCCCUGCAAAGAUAGAGCGGGGAAUUUGGUUUUUGCUUGUCGGAGUGACACUUGCAUCGUCACCAUCACUAUUACCAUUAUUCGUUCGUUCAUUCACUUAUCCCUUAUUCAAUGAGCUUGUCCAUAAAUACCAUUAUCAUAUAUCUAGUGUGUUAAGCAUG